CCGGAAUAUUGUCAAUGUCAAAUAAUUGUCAAAGAUGUGUAUACCUAUCAUGUCAUCUAGGUUCCAGAGAAUAUUAUAUUUUAUCGUAAUUAUCUACAUGAGAGCAUUUAAUAACUAGAAUUUACUAAAAUAUCCUCUUUAUAUCUUGAAUGUCCCGUACUACUGCAAGAUCAAUCUCAAACACAUAAGUUAGAUACGAGUUAGAGGUUAUGUAAGCUCGAAUCGAAUUGACUAGUUAGGUUGUUUAUUACACAGAACAAAAAGUUAAUUCCAGUCUUAUAAAUUAAUGAAAAGGAAAUAAAAUAAAAAUAUGCCAGAAACCGCUACUGAUGGUAAGAAAGACACUGAGGCAACAGCAACUGUUGCCUCCGAAGAAGAUAAUGAACCAGAGGACAAGUGGGUGAUUAGAGAAUGUGAAUUGUACAAGGAUGAAUAUAAAGAUUGUACCAGUUUUAGAGGUAGAUUCCAACAGUAUUUUGUUUAUGGCGAGACCCUAGACUGUAAUCAAUGGAAAAAAGACUAUGAUAACUGUUGCAAAUGGCAAGAUUAUAAGGAUAUAAAAGCUGCAAAUGCUUUAAUAGCUAGUGAGAAAGAAAGACGAAUGGAGAGACUAAGAGCACAUUAUAGGAAUGAUGUAUGGAAAAAACGGGAUUCACCUCCAGAUGACUGGGCCAAGCCUUUACCUGAGUGGAUGCAGAAAAGAGACGAGAACACAUACUUAGCAAUAAAAGCUAAAGAAAUGAGGGAAGGAAUAGAAGAAACAACUGAAAAAAAGUUUUGUUCUAUUAUGUGACAUGUGUAAUACAUUGAUAGAACUGUUAGCUAAUUUUGUAGUUAAUUUAUAUACUAUAGAUUUAAUCAAUAAAAUGUUGUUUCAUGUUGC